AUGUCGGUGCGGCAAAAUGCUCAAGCUCUCAGGCAAAAGGUCGAUGAUCUCCUCGUGGAGGGGGUUGACAUCGCGGUCCCAAUUCUCAAGGUCGUCAAUGCUACGGCUGAUUGGUGUCCCCCUCUAAAGAUGGCGACUGGUGGUGCACUCUCCAUCCUCGACGAGGUUAAGAAGUUCAAGGACAACAAGAAGGAAUGGACGGAUUUUGGGAAAUACGUGGUCGACACCGUAGCCGAGGUGGUUUCAGCCAUGAAAUCUUAUGAUGCGUCAGCGGAAGAGGCAAAACCGUGGGUGGAGAGUGUCACAGAGCUUGAUAGGGCGCUACAGAAGAUUAAGUCCGAAAUCGAACGAAGACUGAAAAAAGUAGAGAAACGACCGGCUGUCCUAAACGUAGUGUCCUACCUCAGAGACCCAGGAAAAAUUGAUGGCCUAAAGAAAGACUUUGACAAAGCAUUGGCGUCGUUUCAGCUUAAGGCGAAUCUAAUAGGUGGUGCAAAAUUAGCGGCCAUAGAACGUCGUCUACAGGAUGACAAAAUCCUUGAUAGUCUCCGGUACCCUCAUAUCGCCCAGGAUGAUUUCACUCAGGCGUGCCUAGAAGGAACUAGGAUUGAUCUCACGGAGCGUAUCAUGUCAUGGUGCCGCAACACUGGAGAGUGUGAGAACCGGCUAAUGCUAUUGACUGCUGUGGCUGGUGCCGGAAAGACUUCGAUUGCACUCACGAUAGCAGAACGAUGUGCUAGUGAAGGGGACGUUGCACUGUUACUGCACUUCUUCUUUAAAGCGGGAGAACGGUCGCGGCCUGAUUUUCUGUUCAGCAGCAUAGCUCGAACUCUGGCAGACCAUGACCCGGUUUACCGCACUUUCAUCGUCUCUGCUCUUCGAAACGACCCUUCCCUCUCAACGGCCCUACUUGCAAAGCAAUUCGAAAAUUUUGUGGCCUUGCCUCUCCUUCAUAAACCUCCACCUCCCGACCGUCCCAUGGUGGUUAUCAUCGAUGCUUUAGAUGAGUGUGACAAAGAAGUGUUCGUGCCCUUUGCCGAUAUCCUUCGGAAGGAAGUGCCCAGGCUACCAUCUUCCAUAAAAUUCUUUAUCACAUCAAGACAUACUGAUCUUGUUAAACGCUCCCUCUCACCCCAAUUCCCUAUUGGUCGUCUCGCUAUUGACCUUUCGGAUGACACAAAUGUGCAGGACUGUGCUACAUAUAUACGUUUCGAGCUGCAAAAGCUGAAGGAUUGGCAUCCUGAUUUACGGCGUAAUCUUCAGGAUGAGGAUAAAACAGUUCGGGAAAUCCUGGAACGCGCAAGUGGCUUGUUUGUUUGGAUCAGCACGAUCUUUCGCUACAUGAAGACAGCCAACAAGGAUCCCAUGAGGACGUUAGAGGGCUUGCUCAACACUGGUGCCGAACGAUCAAAGGUCCCUGCCGAGGGAAUGAUGGACCGCUUAUAUACAAGCAUUCUGAAGAAGUGCGAUUGGGAAGAUGAAGAUUUUGCCCAUGACUAUCCAAUCGUGAUGGGUGCAAUUUUUGUCGCACAGCAGCCUCUGUCCAUCACAGCCUGGGAUGCAAUUUUGUCACCUUUCCUCAAGUUUUCUGUUCGAUAUUCAUUGGCUGAACUUGCUCCUCUACUCUCAGGAGUUGAGGAUUCUCACCUUCCGGUUCGCAUCUUACACCAAUCUUUCCGCGACUUUAUCGUCGAUCGGAUUGAUCCCCCAUCAAUCAGCCCUCGUUGCAUCCUAGUAGAUGUAGGGUCGGAGAAUGCCAGAGUUGCCCUGCGAUGCACUGAGAUCCUGAACCAGGAUCUUCGCUUUGUAAAGGGCUUAGGAAUGAUUGAAAACUUGUCUGAAAAAGAUGAGCUGCCACUCAUUCCCUCGGAGUCAUCUGAGCACUCUCAUUAUGCAUGUCGCUAUAUUGUCCAUCACCUCAGUGGAGUCCAGGAACCAUCACAGGAGCUCGAUGAGUUAGUUGGCGUGUUUCUCAGUCAGCAAGCAACUCGCUGGGUGGAGGCCUGCGUGAGAAUGGAGGGCUACAUUAGUAUCUCGUUACUCCCUGAGUGGGCUAAGUUGGCUGUUGGCCACAGGUCAAAAGGUGCUGUCCACACACUGGCCAGUGUGCUUGUCCAACUUGCAUCGAAUUUGAACUUUUUUGCAAGAUUCCAGGAGGCAUAUGAGGCAGCGAACGAUUCCGUUGUACUCUGCCGUUACCUUCUUUCGGUGGACUUGGGGUCCUCCCUGGAUUUAGCCAGAUCACUUGGGGCUCUUUAUUCAGCCCUUUCCAAACUUGGACGGCACUCAGAGGCACUUCCAUUCAUUGAAGAAAGUGUCAACCUCUGCCGCCAGCUAGUUGCUGUUCACCCAGGCUCAUACACCCCGGAUUUGGCCCUGUCACUCAACAAUCUAUUUAAUGCUCUUUCCAAUCUUGGACGGCACUCGGAGGCGCUCCCAUUCAUUGAAGAAAGUGUCAGCCUCCGGCGCCAGCUGGUUUCUGUUCACCCAGAAUCAUACACCCCGGAUUUGGCCCUGUCACUCAACAAUCUAUUUACUGCUCUUUCCAAUCUCGGACGGCACUCGGAGGCCCUCCCAUUCAUUGAAGAAAGUGUCAGCCUCCAGCGCCAGCUGGUUUCUGUUCACCCAGGAUCAUACACCCCGGAUUUGGCCUUGUCACUCAACAAUCUAUAUGAUGCUCUUUCCAAACUCGGACGGCACUCGGAGGCGCUCUCAUUCAUUGAAGAAAGCGUCAGCCUCUACCACCAGCUGGCUGCUGUUCACCCGGGAUCAUACACCCCAGAUUUGGCUGGGUCACUCGACAAUCUAUAUUUUGCUCUUUCCCAACUCGGACAGCACUCGGAGGCGCUCCCAUUCAUUGAAGAAAGUGUCAGCCUCUACCACCAGCUGGUUUCUGUUCACCCAGGAUCAUACACCCCAGAUUUGGCACGGUCACUCAACAAUCUAUGUGAUGCUCUUUCCAAACUCGGACGGCACUCGGAGGCCCUCCCAUUCAUUGAAGAAAGCGUCAGCCUCUACCGCCAGCUGGUUUCUGUUCACCCAGGAUCAUGCACCCCAGAUUUGGCUGGGUCACUCAACAAUCUAUAUGAUGCUCUUUCCAAACUCGGACGGCACUCGGAGGCGCUCCCAUUCAUUGAAGAAAGCGUCAGCCUCUACCGCCAGCUGGUUUCUGUUCACCCAGGAUCAUACACCCCAGAUUUGGCUGGGUCACUCAACAAUCUAUAUUUUGCUCUUUCCCAACUCGGACAGCACUCGGAUCCGCUCUCAUUCAUUGAAGAAAGUGUCAGCCUCUGGCGCCAGCUGGUUGCUGUUCACCCAGGAUCAUACACCCCAUAUUUGGCCCUGUCACUCAACAAUCUAUAUGAUGCUCGUUCCAAUCUCGGACAGCACUCGGAGGCGCUCCCAUUUAUCGAAGAAAGCGUCAGCCUCUACCGCCAGCUGGUUGCUGUUCACCCAGGAUCAUAUACCCCAGAUUUGGCCCGGUCACUCAACAAUCUAUGUUUUGCUCUUUCCCAACUCGGACAGCACUCGGAGGCGCUCCCAUUCAUUGAAGAAAGUGUCAGCCUCUACCGCCAGCUGGUUGCUGUUCACCCAGGAUCAUACACCCCAGAUUUGGCACGGUCACUCAACAAUCUAUAUGAUGCUCUUUCCAAACUCGGACGGCACUCGGAGGCCCUCCCAUCCAUUGAGGAAAGCGUCAGCCUCUGCCGCCAGCUGGUUUCUGUUCACCCAGGAUCAUACACCCCAGAUUUGGCUGGGUCACUCAACAAUCUAUAUGAUGCUCUUUCCAAACUCGGACGGCACUCGGAGGCGCUCCCAUUUAUCGAAGAAAGCGUCAGCCUCUACCGCCAGCUGGUUUCUGUUCACCCAGGAUCAUAUACCCCAGAUUUGGCCCGGUCACUCAACAAUCUAUAUUUUGCUCUUUCCCAACUCGGACAGCACUCGGAGGCGCUCCCAUUCAUUGAAGAAAGUGUCAGCCUCUACCGCCAGCUGGUUGCUGUUCACCCAGGAUCAUACACCCCAUAUUUGGCCCUGUCACUCAACAAUCUAUAUGAUGCCCGUUCCAAUCUCGGACGACACUCGGAGGCGCUCCCAUUUAUCGAAGAAAGCGUCAGCCUCUACCGCCAGCUGGUUGCUGUUCACCCAGGAUCAUACACCCCAGAUUUGGCCCUGUCACUCAACAAUCUAUAUGAUGCUCUUUCCAAUCUCGGACGGCACCCGGAGGCGCUCCCAUUUAUCGAAGAAAGCGUCAGCCUCUACCGCCAGCUGGUCGCUGUUCACCCAGGAUCAUACACCCCAUAUUUGGCCCGGUCACUCAACAAUCUGUAUUUUGCUCUUUCCCAACUCGGACAGCACUCGGAGGCGCUCCCAUUCAUCGAAGAAAGCGUGAAACUCCGGCGCCAGCUGGUUGAAAUCAACCCAGGAGCAUACACCCCACAAUUGGCCAGUUCACUCAAAAACCUUCGCAACGCUCUUUCCAAUCUUGGACGUCAUUCCGAGGCACAAAUGGUCCACAGUUGA